UUUUUUUUUUAACAGUUUCGCGAGCCAUUAGGUAAGCCUCGUUACACAGUAGCAAGGGAAGAGAAGACUUCACCUGUCCCAGUGCAUCAUCAAGAGUGAGAUUGUACACAACUGCUGAGUGGACAAAACCUUUUCCAGGACAAGACAUGUAUGGAAACAAGAUGGCCAAAUCCCACGGAUAUCUGACACGUUAGAACGUCCUGUUCUGGUCAAGUCUUCCUCGACAACACCUGCUCCAACUCUUCCAAAGGGCAGUAGAAUGGAUGAACAGAGGUGCACACUACCACCUCCCCUCAAAACAGAGGAAGACUACAUUCCAUAUCCUGGCGUACAUGAGGUAUUGGGUCGUACAGGCCCUUUGCCUCUCAUUCUGCUGCCGCAGUUUGGGGGUUACUGGAUUGAAGGGACCAAUCAUGAAUUAUGCUCCUCCCCUAUGCCAGAGGAACCACCCCCCUGCCCCGCAACACAGGACAAACUUGAGACAAACAGUAUAGCAAAGAUCUACAGGAAAUACUUCCUGGGCAAGGAGCACUUUAAUUAUUACUCAUUGGACAGCGCCCUUGGCCACCUGGUCUUCUCUAUGAAGUAUGAUGUGAUUGGAGACCAGGAGCACCUUCGACUGUUGCUUAGGUCAAAGUUUAAAACACACCAUGAUGUGAUACCAAUUUCCUGUCUGACAGAGUUCCCCAAUGUUGUCCAGAUGGCCAAGCUUGUCUGUGAAGAGGUGAAUGUGGACCGAUUUUAUCCAGUCUUAUACCCAAAGGCGUCUAGACUCAUCGUGACCUUUGAUGAGCACGUCAUCAACAACAAUUUCAAGUUUGGAGUCGUCUACCAGAAAUUUGCCCAGACAACAGAAGAGGAACUUUUUGGAAACAAUGUGGAAAGUCCAGCCUUUGUUGAGUUUUUGGAGUUCUUGGGAGAGAAGAUUGAACUUCAUGACUUUAAAGGGUUUCGUGGUGGCUUGGAUGUGACACAUGGCCAGACAGGAACUGAGUCUGUCUACCACAACUUCCACAACAAAGAGAUCAUGUUCCAUGUGUCCACUAAACUGCCAUACACUGAAGGGGAUUCCCAGCAGCUUCAAAAGAAGAGGCAUAUAGGAAAUGACAUUGUGGCUAUUGUGUUCCAAGAAGAAAACACACCAUUUGUACCAGAUAUGAUUGCAUCAAACUUCCUACAUGCUUAUGUGGUGGUGCAAGUGGAGAAUGCCUGCACAGAAAAUGUGCUCUACAAGGUAUCUGUUACUGCAAGAGAUGAUGUGCCUUUCUUUGGACCUGCCCUUCCAGACCCAGCUAUCUUCAAGAAGAGUCAAGAGUUUCACGAGUUCCUCUUGACCAAACUGAUCAAUGCGGAGUAUUCCUGCUAUAAAGCGGAGAAGUUUGCCAAGCUGGAGGAAAGAACACGCUCUGCUCUGUUGGAGACAUUGUAUGAGGAGAUUCAUAUGAACAGUCAGUCCAUGAUGGGUCUGGGAGGAGAUGAUGACAAACUGGAGAAUGGUGCAGGAGGGGGAGGCGGCUUUUUUGAGUCUUUCAAGCGAGUAAUCCGCAAUAGAAGUCAGUCAAUGGAUGCUAUGGGCCUCAGUAAUAAGAAACCACACAGUGUCUCCACAAGCCACAGUGGAAGCUUUACACACAACCCUCCAGACACCCCAAAAACUACUGGCAUUUCAUUGAUCAUUCCUGGAAAAAGUCCAACACGUAAGAAAUCUGGUCCAUUUAGUUCCAGGAGGAGCAGCGCUACUGGGAUUGAGAACAUACAAGAAGUUCAGGAGAGGAGCAGUAGAGAGGUGUCCCCAAGUCCACAGAGGGCAUCUGACAUUGGAUACAACUCUCAGGACCUCAGAUCAGACAAUUCGUCCAAUCAGAGCUCACCAGAGAUGCCAACCACCAAGAUCAGUUCUGGCAUGUGCUGCCGUGCUCCUUCGAUCCCAGAGUCACAUGACCUAUCUCGCUCCUCGUCCAAUGCCAGCAGCUUUACCAGCGUGGUGGAGGAGAAUGAACAGGAGCAUGACGCAGCGGAUGAGUACGACACUGGACUGGAGAGUCUGUCUUCGGCUGGUACGCCUCAUAAGCGAGAUUUGUUUACAUACAGUGGCGUUUGGUUGGAAGACAGCUCCGGUAGUGCUUGUAAGAGCAGUUCACAUGGUCCUGUUCGACAGCAGUCUGAACCUAUACAUCCCAAAACAGAAAGGCAGGACUCGAACUGCUAGCUGUCCCGUAGGCUGUCUAGAUGACUUUAUGGAUGUCCAUCAGCAGCAUUUUCAUACGCAGCCCUCCGUAUUGGAAACUGGCCACACUCCCUAGAGUUCCUCUAGAGAAAGAGAUGUAAAGGAGAGCUAAUCGCUAGGUGUUACAGCAGCGCGCCGUACAGCCGGGCAAGUGUGCAUCAGAAAAUCAGCACACACUUUUAAGGACACAACCACUUUAUCCACUGUCAUGUGGCCAUUUGCCUACAUGCAAAAUAGCAAACCUGCUGAGCACGUCUUGUGUUGUGUGAAAGCAGGUAGGCAUCAAGAAGAGCCAAAUUCACAGUACAGAAAGUCUAUGCGUGGUGUGAAUCACUCCUUUUAACUGGAAAUGCAUGAUUAUUGCCUUUAACAUAGGCCUCUCUUUCUUUCUUUCUUUCUUGCACUAUAUUCUAUUAAUGGUGACCCACAUUUGUUUUGUUUUUAGCUUUCCUAUUUAUGUAUUUUUUUAUUUAUUUAUUGAGGCUCACUAUGGGAGUAGGUCUAUUAGUAAUGAAAGGGGUACACUGCAAAACUUUUUCUUCAUCUGUAUUUUUGUGUUUUCAGUAAAAAUAUGAUGUAACAAUUGAAAGUAAGGUAGCGUUCAUUAACAUUAGUUUUAUACAGUACAUUAGUUAACAUGAACUAACUAUGAACAAUACUUUUACUGCACUUAUUAAUCUUGGGUUAAUUUGAUCAUAUAAUGCACUGUGAGGUAACAUGAACUAACAAUGAACACUACUAUUUUAAUCAACAUUAACUAAGAUUAAUAAAUGUUGUAAAAAUGAUUAGUUCAUGAUAUCUCAUGCAUUUACUAAUGUUAACAAUUGAAGACUUAUUGUAAAGUGUUACCAAAUAUCGUUCAAACAAAAUUACAUUUCUCAAAACAUUUCUAUUGGAGAAAGAAAUAUAAACUUGAUUCAGUCACUAUCGUACGCAAUUUUGCUUCUCAAGUCAUUUUAACUUGGUUUAAGUAUAUUACAGGGUUUUCUCCUGGAAAGACAAGACAAAAUACUGAUUGAGAACAAAUACUUUUGCCAUGCAAGCUGUCACAAGAUUUCUGCACCUUUCAAAAUAUCAACCAAAAAUUCAACCUUAACCCAUCAUGCUUAAAACUGUCAAACAUGUGAACCCACAAAACGCUGUAAUAAACAACUGACUGCGUGUAGUUUUGUUUUUGUACUCGUUUUGGUUACGUUUUGCGUCGUUAUCUGUCAGUAAUGAAUAAUGAUGUAGGGAAUUAAUAUUUUUAAUGGUAAGUGUCGUCUGUAGUUGACUUGAUCUUGUUUCUGGUGUGAAGAACCACCCAAGCCAUUUCACGUCUUCUCUAAUAUACAAAGCUUAGGCAUUAGACUUUAUGACGAAAAGGUCUGGUGUGAGAUUAUGUAAUCUUUUCAAAUAUUAUUUAUUAAGAGUAGGCUGAUAUUUUCCUGAUCUGGAUAUUUUAAAUGACCACAUCUUGACUGUUUGCUGUGGUAAAACUGACAUCUCUGUAAAACAUACACUAAUGUUGUAGCUUCACGUUUGUAGUUUAAUGUUUCAAGGUAAGUCAAAUGAGCAAAACUAGCCGUGCAAAUGUAUCUUGGAUGUCCAUUUAGUGGUCAACAACUUAUAAAAGAUGUAUUGAAGUUCCCUUUUGUUUUUUUAGCUUAUAAUGGUGACAGAGAGCAAUAUGAAUACUGUCCAAAUUGCAAAUACAUAUGCAGGGUUCCCACACCUUUUCACCCAUGUAUUUCCAUGAUUUUUCAGUCGUUUAUAACAUUCAUCAUUGGAAAAGGAUUUCCAUUUGUACUUCAGUUAGCAGUCAUUGGAAUUUUAAUAGUUUACCAACAUUACACAUAAUAAUAGCGUCAAAAUGUCUUCAAUAAGACAGAAAGGUGAGAUGAAAUUAAUUGAAUUAAUAUUUAUCAGCCACUCACAAAGAACAAUGUCUAGCCAUUUAAACAUUUUAGAGCAGAAGUAAAGUAGAAGAAUUUGUGUUCACAACGGAAAUUCCCAUCACUUUUAAGAUUUCAUUGUUUUCUAUAGGGCCAUAUUGAUACAUUCAAAUACUGAUAAAUUGCGAUUUCUUUUUCUCAUGAUAUUGUAUCGAUACUUUAGAUCCACAUAUUGAUAUUUACAUUCAACUAUUUGUGUAUUCCUAAGUUGGCACACUGUUACUUCCAAACCAAUUUAUUGAGCUCACCAAGAGACAAAAACGUGAUGUUUCGAACUACAUGCUCUUCAUCAGACAUCAGUAUGUAACCAUAAUAUACCCAAAUGAAUUGGAAUUGAAAUUGAUUCAUAAUCAAAUCAAACCAUGAUAUGGUGAUGUAUCGCAAUAUAUCGAAUCGUGACGUGUAUUGCAAUAUGGAUUGCAAAAAUGCCACCUCGCUGGCCCAAUGAUGGAAUCCAUCAGAGAGGUGAAGGUAUCGUUCAUCUUUUCUGGCACACAUUUGGUUUUGGCGUCUUAAAUUAGUUUUAGGUAAGAAUCUAUUUCUAAUUAGUAGUUUUGCUUAGUUUCUAUAGAUCUGUAUACACUUAUACACUAAUACUAGUUGGAUAAGGCCAACCAAUAUACCAUUACCCAAAUAGUACUUUUGAUUAGUUCUGUAGUUUAUUAUUACAUUUGACUAGAAUAAUAUUAGCAUUAAACGGGGGUCAUGACUAGUGCUAUCUGGACUGGUCGUUCAAAAUUACAUUGUGCCAGAUAGGACUUUCUUUAGCCUUUACAGUCUAUUACACUUAACUAAAGCUAAAUGGUUGAUGUGCUUCAUGCUCCAUCAUAUGCUGGGUCUUAGUAUGUAUUAACCCUGAUCAUAGAUUUGCGGUAACAGGAAUUUAAAGUGAUCUACUAAAGCCAAUCAUUUCAGAAGAAGCCAGAAUAGAAUCAAGUUUAACAAUUUCUUAGUCGGGUAAAUGUGUAUCAAGCCAAUUACAUAAUCAAUUCAGAAAUAAUCAAUACAAAACAUCUCAUGCUUAAAGAUUAAUCUGAACAGAUGCAUAUCUGACUUCAACAAAAUACGUAACCACUGGGAAUUCUGGCUACAAAAAAUUCCAAUGAACACUGCGUUACAUUUCCUUAAAUACCCAAACCAGAGUAAACAUAAAGGGAAUUUGGGAAUGGUCAGGUUUGGAAAUCCUGGGGUCACACUUUAUCUGCAUACAGGAGGUAAAUUAGAUGAAAGACCAAGGAGGUAGGCGCACCCCCGAGCAGUGGCCAGAGUUUCGCCCGUUUCACACAUACUCCGUUUGCAGUGCGUAUUUUUUUCCGUUCCCAUGUUAACAGGUUAGAGCUUUUACACUGCACGCGGAUGCAGUCCGUCGAUCCGUUCCAGUUGCGGUGCGUAUACAGCAGUGCAGCGAUCGUUUACGGACCGAGUCUAUUUUUGCUGUGCUGCACCGCACUGAAUUAAAGUGACAGCACAUUGUUCACAUUAAAAUAGACAUAUAUUGUCAAGAAACUGUAAUAAUUUCAUCAUAUACGCAUAAUUUCAGUUAAUUUGUUCUACAGUUACUUAAUUACAGGGUCAAGCAAAACAAAAAAGUAUGAUUAUAGUCCCAAAAGUUGCAAAAUGGCAUCAUAUAUGAUUCGAUGGACGCACGAUACGUUGUGGUUUGCCUUGUGAUGUCUGCUCCAACCAGAGAAAGAACAUUAUCCAUCUGUUCGGCACUCAUCCGAAAGUACUUUAGGUGCCGGUCACUGUAAAGUCGAAGUUCUGAGACAAGCACCAAACUGUCUCCUGCCUCGUUUGACUGAGUGAACCCAAAUGCGUCUCAUUAUUCUCCUCCUUAGCAACAGAUAUAGCGCGAUAACUUUUCUUCUGUCAACAACUCGAACUACAUGUAAAUCAAAGAAUCACAUAUUUUCAUACGGUUUCAAUGCCUUAAACAAUCUCAAAGUUAACGUUUGUAUUUAAAAUCAAAAUUCCUUACACAUUUUUGAUUUUGUGGCACACAGAAACUGCGGAUCAGUAGCGCACUGCAAACGCAGCAUAUGUGAAAGCACUAUAGCACGUGCUGCUCCUGUACCGUAUACGCACCGCAAUACGCACCGCAUACGCACUGCACAUGGAGUAUGUGUGAAACGGGCAUUUGUCUACAUUCUUAAAACCGUAUUACAAGAUAUUCUACAGUUGUGGGGAUGAGACCAUAGUACCAGUUGCACUGAGACAUUUUAAAUUAUACCAAAUAUGCCUAGUUACAUUAUAUGUAUACAUCAGAUAUUAUAUAUUUUGUGACAUACAGAUCUUAUGUGAGUUUGAGGUGUGGAAGAGCUUCUUGCUCAGUUGGGUGUGGUGCCUUCAGAAGGAAUGCUAAUUGUGAGAAAGUUCAUAUAUUGAUUUUCUCAGAGAUAAUUUAUUUGCUCUUUGCCUCCCUGGGGAGUUUAGACUAUUGAAUGCAAACACCUUGGCACCCCGCCUUAGAGUAUCAUAUUGUGAGGUGCCAGGCAGUACCCAGUGGCAACCCUGCAUAUGAUCAUAUAUAUGGGCAUAAAACACUAGGUCAGAAUUUACUGAAGAAAUGCUUUAACCAAUGAUGGUUUGCUUUAUUUAUUCUCUUUUCAAACUAAAUUUCAUCUAUUUGUAUUCAUGUAAACACAUGGGGGGGAAAAAAGCCAUUUUUAGAACUUUGUAAUCAACUAAUCCAAAACAAAUUGGGGGACUUUUUACACUGAAUUGUACUGUGGUUUUACCAUUGUACAGUCAAUAUAUCAAAUGGUAGUUCCAUAUUAUGAUUACUAUAUUCAUAAAUAUUCAUAUGCCAUUUGCAUGGGACUUCAAGGUACUUCAAAGAAUUGUUAUUUUCAUCAUGGUAGUGUCCAAAUAUAUGAUAUUACUGUGGUACUUUUUUAAAGGUUAAUGUCCCAGUUAAUUUCUCAAGAUCAAUAGGUAUCUCAUUACCAAUAAACGAAGUUCACUGGAAACUUUUGCUUAAAAUCCUGCUAUUCAACAGACCUUUGGGCCUAUCAGGGGAUGGUACCUAUUAAACUGUUUGUGGAGAAAGGAAAUGUAAGAAAAACAAGGAUGGAUAGAGAAAUGCACCAUGUGUUAGUGCUCAAAGUCUUUGCCGAUUGGUUGAUCUCCACAUCAUUUGCGCACAAGGCAUAUAAGCACAAACUCAUUCCAAACACAGCACCGACUGCUUAAUGUGAUUGUGUUCUCUUUUACAACAUGUGCAUACAAUGGUACUUUUAGGAAAUGCUCCAAUGUAAAUAAAACAUUUUCUCCUUUUUUGUAAUUAAAUAAAAGACUGUUUAAAA